AUGAGGUGUUUGAUCCGAUUAUUGGUUUGUUCAUCUGCUGCUUGUUUGGUCCUGGUGCCACAAUCCGCAGUUGGCGGGCGGUCUUCCAUCAGAACAACUCAAGACUAUGACGAGGAUGAAGCGGCGGCACGAGCGGAGGGAGCGAUAACUGACAUUGAAGAAGCCGAUAAAAGAGAACAAGAGAUAGAUGAGAAAAUAGACGCAAGUCACGAUGAGGCUGACGAAGCGGAGAUUGAAGAAGAAGUUGCUGAGGCAAUGAUUGCGGAAAACGCCAUCGCAGCAGAAGAUGCCAAACGUGAUGCAAGCCCUGACGGAGCAUUGGAAAGGUUGAUGGCCGAGCUGGUUGCGGCUACCUACGAGCUGCGCGCCGUUAAUCAAGACCCUUUCACCCACAAGUGGCAAGGCUUGUACGUCCACAAAGUCUGCGUGCAAGGUUUGGCAUCGAACGGGUAA